AUUGUUUUAAAUUCUGCUCUGUGAGCUACUGAUACUGUUAAUACAUGUUGCUGAAAUUGGCCCACCUCAUUAGCCUUUUCUCAACUAUAAAACCCCUCCAAUCCUCAUGAUGUUCUUCAUUACCACAAUCUCCGAUUACAAACCCUUGAAGUAUCUUCUCAAGAAUUCUAGCCAUGCUUCCAGGCGAGCUCACAGGAAUUCACUAUAUAGCACCUGAUCAAAGCCUGAUUCCAUUCCCGGCUAAUUUCGGCAUGAUGCAACAAAGCAGCAUACCAGCCUUCCAUUUCAACAGACUCUUGAACAACUUGCAGAGCUCAUCGUUCCCUCAACCGGUUCGUGAAUUCACUCCACAGUCCUCAAGUCUCAGCAACAACUCAACUUCAGAUGAAUCUGAGGAGCACCAACUCAGCAUCAUCGACGAGAGGAAGCAGCGGAGAAUGAUUUCCAAUAGAGAGUCUGCUCGCAGGUCAAGGAUGAGGAAACAGAAGCACCUAGAUGAGCUAUGGACUCAGGUAGUUCGGCUGCGAACUGAGAACCACAAUCUCAUAGACAAGCUGAAUCAUGUGUCUGAGUGUCAUGACCGGGUUCUUCAAGAGAAUGCACGGCUCAAAAACGAAGCUUCUGAUCUUCGCCAAAUGGUUACUGACCUGCAAAUUGGCAGCCCUUACACUGCCACUGCUUUAAGGGAUCUUGCAGAGGUCCCCUGCAACACAGCCCAUGUCAGAUCUAAAUCCUCAAACCAAUCUGUCACUAGUUCUGUAGACUUGCUUCAUUGAAAACAAGAGAUCUUUUGCCAUUAUAAUAUCUACUUCAUGUUCCUUCUGUUUGAGAUGAUUAUCGAUGUUAACUUUAGCUUCCAUCUGCAAUAACAGCUUUCUAACCAUUCGCCUCCUUGGCUUCA